CAGUGGUUGCUCAUAGUGAUUCCAUGUCAUCAAAAUGCGGCCAAGAUCAGCCUGUUUUGGUUGGCCGUGUUGUGCUCCUCGUCUUCGCCUUUUCUUGCCUCGAGUACUACGGUCUAUACCAAUAUGCGGUUGUUGCCCGUGGUUCUUUCUUUGCGGUGUAACUAAUAUGUGUCCAGUUAUUGGUCAUAACUAUGUCAUUACAGCUUCAAAUGAUUUUUAAUCGCCUCCAUUAGAAAGAUAACUUAAUUUCUAAAGUCGUAUCAAAAGAUGAGUUUAAAAAAAUAUCGUUAAGUUCUUCAUUCAAUUUUUGGUUUAAUGUGUUUCAAAACUGAUAAAAUGUUCCAUAACCUAAAAACAUACAAAUAUAAUAUAUACUAUUAAAUGUAAUUUAAAUGAGCCUAAUGUUAUGAAAAUUAGUGACAAAAAGUAUAAAUGCAAGACAUCAUCCACCCAAACUUGUAAGUUCGAUUCUGAUCGCUCACAUAUGUUGAGACACGUGUAUACACAUGUGCAUGAACAAAAUAUAGUGUAUUUGAGAAGGCUAGCUAGCAUCAACCAAUUUGUGUGAUUAACUUAGAAACUAUUGGCGUAUAGAACGAGUGGUGUAGCCUAGUGAUAAUCUUUUAGGAUUUGAUGUGUAUCCAUCAGUUCUGGAUUUAAUUGCUCUUGGAAACUAAAUUAUUGUUAUUUGGUCAUUUAAACUUGGGAUUCACCCAAGUGAUUUACAUGGUGGAUCGUAACAGACGAUUGGUUCACCUCCCGACAAUAGUCGAAAGGUAUACAAACUUGGAUCAGACAGUGUAGUACACUUUCAGGUAGUCUACUCUGUAACACUAAGUGUGUUCCUUCCGGAACCGACAAGAUAGCCGAUAAGAUUUAUCAAAAAAAAAAAUUAGAUUCGAUUAGAGUAUCUUGGUUCAAAGGCUUCUUGUCUACUUUGGUCAUGUUUGCGUAAUUUUCUCUUUAUUUACGAAAACACGUUCGGUACUAAAAACUUCUCACAUGCAUCACUUUAGUUCACCACAGAAGUAUGUCCACAUUUUUCUCAUGCUUGGACCACAUAUCUAUAUGAUACCAAUGUCCAUAUAGUAUAUAUUCAAUUACAAAAUAAACUAAGAAUUUUACUCAUAAAUAAAUAACCAGGAGUAGCAGGUUGUGUGGUUAAACUCUACCAAACUAGUAUAACUUUAUUUACUUUUGAAGAGAAUGGAAAACCGACCAAAAAGGAGAAUUUUGAAAGAGAAAAAAAGUUGAGUUCAAGAAAAAGACAUGAAAAUAGAUUACAGAAAUAUCGGGUAAAUAUUAUUUUAUUGUAAUUUUUAGUUCCACUGACAGAUAAAUUAACUAAAUAAAAGGUAAUAUGUCUGGUUAUUACAUUAAUACAUUUUAAUAAAUAUUUAUGAAAAAUGUUUGCAUCUGAAUUUGCUUUUUCCCGGGAAAGGGUUAACGUCCAUGUAACACUAACCCAAACGUCGCUAUAAAUAGAGAUCCAUCUUCCCCCACACCCGUCAAACCCAUCUUCUUCCUCUCCAUCGUUCACCUAAACUCUUUUUUUAUUACCCCAGACCCAAAGAAAAAAACUCUUCCUUCUUGAGACAAAAGAUCCACUCUUUGAAACCCUCCUAGAUCGUGCGAUUUAGCAACAACGAUUUAGAAAAAUGGAGCAGAAGAGCGUAUUAUUGUCAGCUUUAGGUGUUGGUGUUGGUUUAGGGAUAGGGUUGGCAUCGGGUCAGAGUUUGGGUAGAUGGGCAAACGGGUCGGGUUCGGUCGAGGACGGACUCACCGGAGAACAGAUGGAGCAAGAGUUGGUGAGACAGAUUGUUGAUGGGAGAGAGAGUACUGUCACUUUCGAUGAGUUUCCGUAUUUCUUAAGCGAGAGAACUCGGGUGUUGUUGACAAGUGCAGCUUACGUUCAUCUAAAAGAGUUAGAAAUCUCAAAGCACACUCGGAAUCUUGCACCUGCAAGUAAAGCAAUUCUACUUUCAGGUCCUGCGGAGUUCUAUCAGCAAAUGCUUGCAAAAGCUUUGUCUCAUUACUGUGAAUCAAAGCUAUUGUUGUUAGAUAUAACUGAUUUCUCCAUUAAGAUACAAAGUAAAUACGGAUGCACAAAGAGAAAACCUCUUCACAAGAGGUCUAUUUCUGAGUUAACAUUAGACAAGAUGUCGAGUUUGAUGGGUUCCUUCUCUAUGCUCUCUCAAUUCGAAGUUGAACCAAGAGGAGCAUUGCGUCGAGACACCAGUGGAAAUGUUCUUAAAUCAAGUAGUUUGGAUAGCUCAAGUCUUCCUCCAAGACACAAGAGAAAUGCUAUUUCUACUUCGAAUUCUGUUACAGCUUCCAGCAAACGCAGCACAAAUCUAUGCUUCGACGAGAAACUUUUCUUGCAAUCACUUUACAAGGUAGUGGUCUUUGUAUCGAAAACAAAUCCUCUAAUCAUAUACCUCAGGGACGUUGAGAAGCUUCUUGAGUCAGAAAGAUUCUACAAGUUGUUCCAGAUUCUCUUGAACAAGAUCUCUGGUCCUGUCUUGAUUCUUGGCUCAAUGGUAUUAGAACCUGAAGAUGAUUGCCAAGAAGUAAGUGAAGGGGUCACCGCUCUGUUUCCUUACAACAUCGAAAUCAGACCACCUGAGGAUGAAUCUCAGCUCGUGAGCUGGAAGAAUCGUUUAGAAGAUGACAUGAAGAUGAUUCAGUUCCGAGACAACAAGAACCACAUCGCAGAGGUUCUUGCUGCUAAUGAUAUCCAAUGCGAUGACUUAGCUUCGAUAUGCCAUGCUGAUACAAUGUGUUUGAGCAACCACAUUGAGCAGAUUGUGGUUUCUGCAAUAUCUUAUCAUUUGAUACACACCAAAGAACCUGAAUACAGAAAUGGAAAGCUUGUUAUAUCUUCUAAAAGCUUGUCUCAUGGACUGAGUAUAUUCCAAGAAGGUGGAAGCAGAUCAUCUGAAGACUCCUUAAAGCUAGACACAAACACUGACUCUAAGAGAAAAGGAGGAGAGGUAUGUUCAAAGAGCGAGUCAAAACCUGAAUCAUAUUCUCCUGAAAACAAAAAUGAGCUGGAAAAAUCGCUUCCUUCAAACAAGAAUGACAAUCCGUUGCCUCCAAAAGCACCUGAGGUUGUUCCUGACAAUGAGUUUGAGAAGCGUAUAAGACCAGAGGUCAUACCAGCAGAUGAGAUCGGUGUGACGUUUGCAGACAUUGGUUCAUUAGACGAAACAAAAGAUUCGCUUCAAGAGCUUGUAAUGCUUCCACUUAGAAGACCUGAUCUCUUCAAAGGCGGUCUUCUUAAGCCAUGUAGAGGAAUCCUUCUGUUUGGACCGCCUGGUACUGGCAAAACAAUGUUAGCAAAGGCCAUUGCAAAUGAAGCUGGAGCAAGUUUCAUCAAUGUCUCCAUGUCUACAAUCACUUCAAAAUGGUUUGGAGAAGACGAGAAGAACGUGAGAGCUUUGUUUACUUUGGCAGCCAAAGUGUCUCCAACGAUUAUAUUUGUGGAUGAAGUGGAUAGUAUGUUGGGGCAAAGAACAAGAGUUGGAGAGCAUGAAGCAAUGAGGAAGAUCAAGAAUGAGUUUAUGACGCAUUGGGAUGGGCUUAUGACGAAACCUGGUGAAAGGAUUUUGGUUCUUGCAGCAACAAAUAGACCCUUUGAUCUUGAUGAAGCUAUCAUAAGGAGGUUUGAGAGAAGAAUAAUGGUUGGACUUCCUUCUACUGAGAGCAGAGAGAAGAUCUUGAGAACAUUGUUGUCCAAAGAGAAGACAGAUGAUCUUGACUUCAAUGAGCUUGGACAGAUGACAGAAGGUUACAGUGGAAGUGAUCUCAAGAACUUAUGCAUUACAGCUGCAUAUAGACCGGUUAGAGAGCUAAUUCAACAGGAAAGAUUGAAAGAUCAGGAGAAGAAGAAGAGAGAAGAAGCAGGAAAAAGCGCGGAAGAAUCAAAAGAAAAAGAAGAUGAAGCUUGUGAGGAGAAAGAGAUUAUUUUGAGACCUUUGAACAUGGAAGACAUGAGAAAAGCUAAAACCCAGGUGGCGGCGAGUUUUGCGUCGGAAGGAUCUGGAAUGAAUGAGCUGAAGCAAUGGAAUGAUUUGUAUGGAGAAGGAGGCUCAAGGAAAAAGGAACCGCUCACUUAUUUCCUCUGAAAAAAUGCAAAGCCAUAAAAUUUGUGAAUGCAUGUUUCUUGGUGCACAAGAUAUCAAACUGAUCGGUUUGGUCUUUGGCAAAUCAAAUACAAAGAGUCUUUUUUCAGUUGUUAGGUUAUUCCAUUUUUAGAUAAUAUUUUUUAGAAAUUUCCUCAAAACCGUGAUUUUUUUCUUCUGUCAUUCA